CACUUGCUGCAUUGGAAGUUUUACACGUAACAAGUGCUCAGAGAUAUUAGUGGCGCUGCACUGGCAGAAUGGAGCACUCGCUAACCUGAAAAGCUUGGGUAAAUGUGCCUGCAGAUUCAAUAUAUGACUUAUAUGGGACCCAGGGCGGCUGAAUAUAGAGGAGAUGCCUACCCAGCCUAGAAAGAACUUGCACAUGCCUUAUUUACCUCCCACCUCUAGGAUCUAGCACAGAAGAGCAUAGAUCCAAGGUAAUGGGGCAUACAGGCUCUACAGACAUACAAAAAUACUUGUCUGCUGUUAGCUGUACUUCUUAAUUACUCUCAUUGCUACCCUCUGGUUGGGAUAGUCUCAUCCCUUUAAACACAAGAAACAAAUCAUCAAUGAACCAGACUCAAGAUAAUGGGACCUUUGGUGCUGCCAGCUCUCAAGGUGAACAUAAUGAAGAUAAUUCAGGGAUUCCUCAGACAAUGCAAGAAAACAAAAUAAAUGAUGUGCAUGACAGAUCACGUCACUCACAAACACCAAUAGCUAUGGAGAGUGCUUCUGAUAGAAUUCGCAAAUUACGGAAGGAGAUAGACAAAACACUACAGCCGAAUAUCAAUGAAUUCUUGGACGAGCUAGACAUGGAACUACUCCUUUCCAAGGAUGAAUACUUCACAAUAGACAGCAAAAAUGAUGAAAAAGCCAAAAUCAGAACUUUGAUUAAUAUUAUUUUAAUGAAAGAAGAAAAAAUAUGUGAAAGAUUUCUUCAGCUGUUACAGAAAGAUCAUUCAGACAAAUACAAAGGAGGAAAUACAGGAAUUUCCAGAGACAAAACAACCUUAUAUAGAGACUUAUUGAAGAAAAUGAAUAUGGAUCCAUAUGAAACCAAAAAGCUCACAUUACAAGAUAUUCUUCAGAUCAAUCAAGAAUGCUUACAGAAGACUGAUGAUUGGCAGAGAGAGUCUGCAGCCUGGAAUUUUAUACAUAAAAUAAUUGGAUUAAAUGAAACAGCAAGAAAUAUAAAUAGUAUAAGUAAGAACGAGAGUGAAGAUCCUCAGGAUGAUCUAGAUGAUAUCACUUGUGACUCAUCUAAUUCUGUUCACCCCCUAGAUGUCCUGUGUCUUGUCCUGCAUUGCUGUGACCAUUUUUUGCAGCAGGAGAUUAUACUGAAAAUGUCUAUGUGCCAAUUUGCUGUCCCUUUGCUGCUCCCUGAUGUUGAUGGUCCAGGCUGUACCUUCAUGCUUUGGGGAAUGAGAGAGAUUGUAAAAACAUGGAGGCCUCAGUCCCUAGCAGAAACUAAGGGAUUUGUCCAAUCAAAUCUUGUUCAGAUAUCUAUGCCAACAUUUAGUUUUGUUAGAUUGGGUAAACAUUCAUUUCAUAAAUCUAAUAUCCUGAACCAAGUUCUCAGCCCAGCUCAGCACACCCACGACUUCUUUGUUCAUAGUAAUAUGGAAGGGGGUAAUGUCACAAGAGAGAUAUCUGAGGGGCUGGUAGAAAUAUCCUGGUAUUUUCCAGCUGGAAAAAGUAAAUCAGAUAUUUUCUCAGAGCCAGUUGCAUUUGCAAACCUUCAUGGAAACCUGGAAGAAAACUUGAAAGAGUUUGCAUUUCUAACUCAGAUCUCAUCGGCGGUGUUUAUUUUUGUCCAGAAUAUUGAUCAACAUCUGUAUGACUUUUUAUCCCAGUAUGAAAACUCUCAGACAAACUUUGUCAUUAUUAUCAAUAAAAAUGUCAAAACUGGCAAAAGCACAAAGCUCACAAAUACCACUGUACUUGCUAUCAGUAGUGAAGAUAGUGGAGCAAUAAAAGCAAAUAGAAUUCGAGCAGCUGCUGCAUAUUUUAUUAAGAAAGAAUGCCGUGUCCUGAGUCUGGAGAAUAUGUCACAAACCGCUUCCAAACUGGGAAUCUCUGUAGAUGAGAAUGUGACAGAAUGUCAGAAUGCAAAGGCAGAUGCCAAAGCAAUUACAGAGGAGAUAAAAGAUGUUGCUGAGUACAAGAAGAAAACAAUGAAACUACAGGGAGACUUGUGGAGAAAGCUGGCCAAACUAGGAAAAGAAAUGUGUCAAAUAAAACAACAAGGUGAUAAACACGGAGAGAGUUACAAAUUGGAACUACAAAAGCAAUGUGCGGAAAUACGUGAGAAACAGUAUCAGUGUGAAAUGCCAAAUGGCAUAAGUAAGUUUAUUGAUUCAAUCAUGAAAAGGAGCAUUACUGAAAAUCAUUAUUUUUUUAAAUGGCUUAGAUUUUAUCUUGAUACAUCAGCCAUGAAUAACUGUUCUGCUUUAAAAGCUGAAUAUCAACAGAAGUCAAAUAGUCCCAGCAUGAUCGAGUUGUCUGGGUUUAAUCAGAAAAUAUCAGACAGUUCCCUGGGUAUUGAACAUUUCCUGAGAGAAGUGGGCCAGAUUUAUGAGGCAGAAUAUUUUAUGCUGAAGGGAGAGAAUGCAAGAAAAAGAAAAUUUACUCAACUGCCGGCAUUUGCUGCUGAUCUCUUACUGGGUGGAUUCCCACUGGAGCUGAUAGAUGGAGAUGCUUCUAAUAUCCCACUACAGUGGCUACAGGAUGUACUACAUGAGCUGGACAAUAAAACAGGGAAAUGCUGCAGAAUGGGGGUAAUCACUGUACUGGGGGUGCAGAGCACAGGGAAAUCCACCCUUCUAAACACAAUGUUUGGGCUGCAGUUUCCAGUCUCUAGUGGACGAUGCACACGGGGGGCUUUUAUGACACUAAUGAAAGUGAGAGAAAAUUUCCAGGGGGAGCUGGGCUGUGAGUUUAUUCUGGUGAUUGAUACUGAAGGAUUGAGAGCUCCAGAACUGACUUCUCUGGAGAACAGCUAUGAACAUGAUAAUGAACUUGCAACACUGGUUGCUGGGUUAAGUGACACCGUAAUUGUAAACAUGUCAAUGGAAAAUACAUCUGAGAUGAAGGAUAUUUUGCAGAUAGUGGUCCAUGCAUUCCUUAGGAUGAAAGAGAUUGGAAGGAAACCCAACUGCCAUUUUGUACAUCAGAAUGUGAGUGAUGUUUCUGCCCAUGAAAAAACCAGAAGGGACAGACUAAAACUUCUGGAGCAUCUGAAUGAAAUGACCAAACUCGUGGCAAAUAUGGAAAAGAAAACUAUAUUUACAGCAUUUCAUGAUAUUAUGAUGUAUGAUCAAGAGAAGGACAGCUUUUACAUACCUGGUCUCUGGAAUGGAGUCCCACCUAUGGCCUCUAUAAGUACUGCAUACAGUGAGACCAUCUUUGAGCUUAAAGCAUAUUUAAUUGAAUGCAUGAAGAACAAGGGACACAGAGUCCUUGACUUUAUAGAAUGGAUAAAAAGUCUGUGGAAUGCUGUGAAACAUGAGAACUUCAUUUUCAGUUUUAGAAACAGCCUAGUAGCCAAUGCCUACAACCAACUGGCUAAGAAAUACUCAGAAAUGGAGUGGAAGUUCACUAAGACCAUUCAUAAAUGGCUAGUAGAGACCGAAACAGUGAUUAAGAAUCAAAAUGCACAAAUGGUGGAUAGUGAAGGAACAAAAUGUAUAAAUAAAGUAUAUUCUAUCCUCAGUGAGGAGGAAAAGAACAUGAAGGAAGAAUUAGAGAAAUAUUUUUCAAAUGACAACAAAGAUGCAAGUCUAGUAGAGAGGUACAAAGCAGAAUUUUUAACUAGUGUAAGUUGCCUUAGGAAGAAGCUGGAAUCAUCAUCUCUUAACAAAUGCGCUGAGAUUAUUCACAUUCAAAAAGAGAUCUUAAAGAUAAGAAAUUUUAUUAGUAUAUUCAAAGAAGUUAUUGAUAAAAAAGUCAACAAUCUUGUGAUAAAGUUCAGGGAGGAGAAAUGCAAACCCAAUGAAAACACUCUUGAAGAAGAAUUUGAGUUAAUGUGGGCAGAUACUAUAUUAGAAUUAAAUGUUACCGCCCUUCCAGAACUUAACAUUGAACUUAAUUUACUUGCACAACUCAAAAAAGAAAUGGCAUCAAGGGGUUCUUCUGUCAAUCAAAGAUUAAACAGCGUAAACCAACUUCCACAGCAGGAAAAGCUGCAUCUACAUGAAAGUCACGCAAUAUGUUUGUUAAAACAUGUAAAGAGUUUGCAUAUUUUAGAUAGUGCUGCAGGUGAUAAAUUAGAAGAAUUUUUAAUGUCUCUUUCACACAAAUGUUCUGAGUAUAUAAAAAAUAAGCUACAUUCAAAGUCUGACUACAAUGAAACGUAUGGAAUGGAACUACUCAAUUUAAUUAAUUCAAUAUGUAAGGAAAACAAAGAUCUUCAGAUCUCAGCAGAUAUAGAGCUGGAGCUGAAACUCUUUAUUUUGGGUAAUGCCCUUUGUGAUUUCCAAAAUAUGCAUAAGGAGUUUGCCAAGAAGAAUGAUCCUGUGAUUUGUCUUGGAGAAAUGAAGCCUAAAUAUUGCAAAUGUUUCCAGUAUCUAUUUCAAGAAAAAAAUGAAAUCUGGGAACGAGCCAAACAUUUCUGUGAGUUGUGGUUAAAACCAGCUCUGAUUAAACAGGUAAACAGAAAAAUUGGAUAUGAAAUAGUAGAUCACAUUCUUCUAGACUGCAGUCAAUCCAAUCAAUUCAGCACAAGAAUGUACUUCCAAUUCACUGUGAUGAAAUAUCUACUAGAAAAGACAAAUUUUUCUGAUUACUUAGAAUACAUAUGUGAUUAUGAAACAUUUGUCAAAAAAUGGAUAAAUAAUUGUAUUAUAGAAAAAUGUGACUUCCACCAUAUGCAAGCUCUUAUUCUUUCUAAUAUCACAAAGAAGAUAAAGGUUAUUCUCAAUGAGAAUUCUCAGAAAACAUCUGAUUUUCUUGUGCAACUUAAGGAAAGGCUGAAGAGAGAUCUCGUAUUGUCAGAUGAUAUGGAUGUGUUUCACCUCAAGGAAGACACAAAUAUUAAAGAAUUUGUUGAAAACCUUGAAAAAUCACUUGGUGACACUGAAGCAAAAAUCAUAUCUGAGAUGAAAGCAGCGGACAAGGAAACAAUUCUUUCAAAUGUUGUGGUAAAACCAGUUGAUGAAUUGUUUAAGAAAGUUUUUGGAUGUGGGAAGCAGUGUCCAUUCUGCAAAGCACCUUGUGAGGCUGGUGGAGCUGAUCAUAAAAGUCACUUUGCAUCUAUUCACCGACCUACAGGACUUGGAAAAUACAGAACAUUAUUAACACAGGAUCUGUGCCAUGAAAUCUGCUCCACUAAUAUUUCUGGCAAUAAAUCAUUUCUACAUGGAAGUGCCUCUUCUUGUCCUUAUAAAGAAUAUAAGACAGUUUACCCAGACUGGGAAAUUCCCCCUGACCCAAGUUUUGAGGCUUCUGAUUAUUGGAAAUAUGUUAUAAAAACAUUUAAUGAGCAAUUUGCAAAAGAAUAUGAAGCCAGACCUGCUGAAUAUCCCGAGGAAUGGAAUACAAUAACUAAAGCACAGGCACAAAGUUGCCUCAACACUGCCUUUGGUAUAAAAUGAAAUACUUGCUGAAGUUGCGAAAUGUAAAAAAAUAAAACACCACUCAAAUACU